AUGUGUAUUUACUCUUUUACCUGCUCUUGUGGAGCUGUUUAUAUUGGACGUUGUCAGCGUAAUCUCCGAAAACGUGUAGCUGAACACUAUCCAGUCUGGUUAGUGAAAGGCGAACGUAGAACUGCGAAGUCGUCUAUCUGUGAUCACCUGUUAGAGUCAGGUCAUUUAGCCCUAGGUGAUUCAUCUUUCAAAGUUAUCUACAUGGCAAAAUCGAAUCGAUCCAAAAGUUUACGUUUUCUUCACUUAUGCAUAGCCAAAGCUUUAGCUAUACAUGAACAGAAACCUAAAUUAUGUGUUCAAAAACGUUUUGUCAAACCCCUUUCUUUACCUUGGUCAUAGUAAUGUUCUUUCUAGUUUUUACUUUAUUUUAUUUUACCACUUGAAUUCUUUCCACUUCACUUCACAUCUUCAUUCUUAUCGUAAUCGUACUCUUAUUUUUUAAAAUUUUUAGACAACACUUGACAUUUUUAAAACAUUUUUGAUUUCAAUU